AUGGACGGCGGCAACACUCAGAUGGGCCCCCCUGGGGCCCCAAAGUCAGGAGUUUCUGCUGCUGCUGCAGGGGCAGCAGCAGCAAGCGCCGCGCCUAAGCGACGCAGUCGAUGGGACCAGACACCGGCUGAGAUUGAAAGGGAGCAGCUGCAGCGACAGCAGCAGCAGCAGUCCUCAAGUACUGCAUGUGGGGUCCCAGUAGGAUACGCUGCUCCUCGUGGCAGCAGCAGCUGCAGCAGCAGCAGCAGCAGCAGUAGCGUUGGUGUCUACAGUCCUGGAGGUGGGAGCACACGAGAUGCUACCCACAAGAGUUUGAGCCACAGCAGCCGCAGCUACAACAGCAGCAGCAGCAGCAGCAAUAGCAGCAGCAGCAGGGAUUUCAGCAAGCACGGCACCGGCCAGUGCGUUGGAAGCUCAGACAGGAUUAGCGGCUGGGAUUCCGUUGGUUCAAGGCCGAGCAGCAGCAGCAGCAGCAGCAGCAGCGGCAUACCUUACAGAAGGGGCUUUGACGUGGGCCCGGACACAGCAGCUGCAGCGUCCCCACAUGAUCACCAGCAGCAGCAGCAGCACUGGAGCCAGCAGCAGCAGCAGCAGCGGGACAGCUACAGUCAUGCAGCAGAGAGACACACAGCAGCCGCGAUCGCCGCAGCAGCAGCCGCGGCCGCCACAGCAGCAGCCGCUGCCGCCGCAGCAGCAGCCACAGCCGCCGCAGCAGCAGGAGCCACUACCAGCGGUCUAGAGGAGGCUGGGACGUUCGCGGGGUCGGGGUCGGGAGAGUCAGCAGCAGCAGCAGCAGCAGCAGCAGCAGCAGCAGCAGCUGUUGCUGCUGCUGCUGCUGACUCCGGAGCCCAGCGACAGAGCCAGGGCUGGAGGGGGACCCCCCGCCGACCAGCGCCGCAGCCGCAGUACUCACAGCACAGAUUUCACCAGCCACUGCAUCCGCAGCAGCAGCAGCAGCAGCAGCACUGGGCGCAGCAGCACCACCUAGCGCAGCAGCACCACUUGAGGCACCCCUCGCCGCCGCAGAGGGCAUAUGGGUGGGCCCGCAGCGGGCCGUCUGCUGCGGCCGCAGCUUCCAUGGGCGUCCCGGGAGGGCCUGCAGCAGCAGCAGCAGCAUCAGCAGCAGCAGAAGACCCGCAGGAAACAGCGCACGUGUGGGGCGCAGCAGCUGCUUCGGAGAUCCGGGCCCUUGCAGAAAAAGCAGAUCUUUCGCUUCCUGCUGCUGACCCGGACAACCCCUGGGGAGAUAGCCGGGAAGUGGAGCUGCAGCGGCUGGAGGCGUGGGGCCGUGCUGCUGUUGCUGCUGCAGUGCAGCGAGGCUUCGGCGGCGCUGCUGCAGCAGAGGCAGCUUUAAACGAGUACAAAAAGGUCUUGCUGCAGCAGAGACAGUCGCUCGCAGCAGCAGGGACGCCGGUCACAGACAUGCAUCUUUUCACCGAAGGAAGCGCAGAGGAGCAGCAGCAGCAGCAGCAGCAGCAGCAGCAAGACAGCAGCACGAUUUACGUUAGAAAGGACCGCAACCUGGAGUCGCCAGGAGACUCCAGCUUGCCGAGUCCGUCGGCUGCACCAGCAGCCGCAGCAACAGGACAAGGCACACAAGAAUCGAAGUCAGUAGAAGCUGCAGCGGCAGCAGCAGCAACUGCAGACGUUGCGAAGCAGGGGGAAACCAAAGGCCCUACUGCUGCUGCUGCUGCUGAGCAAGAUGCUGCAGCAGCAGCAGGAGGCACAGCGGAAGACAGCAGCAGCGCAGCAGCGGACGCUGCACCACAGCAGGGCGCAGAGGCGCCCACUGAUGAUGAUGCACCUGCUGCUGCUGCUGCUGCUACUGCAGCAGCAACCGCAGCCGCUGCAGCAGCGGCGACUGCCCCUCCCGAAGUAACAGAGUCGGUCGAGGGCGCUGCCGAGGUGCAGCAUAGAAGCAGUGAAGACAGCAAAAGGGAAGCAGACUGCGACGCGGCAGCAGCAGCAACGGCAGCGGCAGCAGCAGCUGCAGCGCCUGCCGCUGCACCCUCACCUGCAGAAGCAGCAAAGCUUGAAGGUGCAGUAGCAGCCAAAGCAGCAGCACAUAAAGUAAGUGGAGAUCGAGGCGCGAGAGGCAAGGAGGAAGUUGACGCUGGCAGCUCAGCAGCUGCUGCCAAUGCUGCUGCUGCUGCGCAUGCUGCUGCAGCCUCAGAAACACAGGAGAAGUCACCGUGUCGCACCAAUGAGAAGCCGCAGCAGAAGCAGCAAACAGAGAAAGACGCAGAAGAGCAGCGAGAGGAGGGACAGGCUGUUGGGACAGAGGCUGCAGCUGCAGCAUCGCAACAGGAAAAGCACGAGCCCAACGAGCAACAGGGGCCGCAGCAGCAGCAGCAGGUGCAGCAGCAGCAAGAAACGCAGAAGGAGCAAGUCAAUCCGCAGGUGGAGCCGCAACAAGAGCAGCAUUCGGCCAAGCAAGAGCCACAGAAAAAGGAACAGGAAGACCAGGAGAAUCAAGGGGAACAUAAACAGGAACAAGCCCAAAGGCAGCAGCAACAGCAGCAGCAGCUGGAGCAGCAGCAGCAGGAACCACAGCAGCGAGAGCAGCAACUCGAAGCUGACGAGUCGCAAGCUGGCAAGAAGGCGAAGUCCCAGAAGGCGGCAGCGGCAAAGUCUGGGGGCGGCAGCAGCAGCAAAAAGAAGAACACAAAAUCGGGGGAAACUCGGGUCUCUCGCGAGCUGUGGGGUCUGCUGCAGGAAAACUACCAGCCCAUAGAGCCGCGCAGAAAUGCUGCGCGCAACAGCAGCAUGGGCAGCAGCAGCAACAGCAGCAGCUCCAAGACCGGUAGCAGCAGCAGCAGCAGCACACCUUCAACGGCAGGUCGCAGUAGCCAAGCAAAAAGUGAGGCGACCCAGCGAAGGGGGCAGAAGCAGCAACAAGUGAAACUACACGAGAAGCAGCAGCAGCAGAAACAGCAGCAGAAGCAACAGCAAAGGCAGCAAGAGCAACAGCAAAAGCAGCAGGAGCAGCAACAGAGCUCACAGCUGCCUACGGCAGAGAGAGAAGCAACGGCUAGCGAACGGGCUCCCGCUGAUGCAGCAGCUGCGGCAACAGCGGCACCUGAAGACGCAGCAGCAGCAACGAAGGAGCAGACGCAGCAGCAGAAAGAAGCUGAAGCAACGACAUCUGCAGCACCAGCAGACCAAACAGCGGCCGGGGCAUCGCCGCCGGAGACGCCGGUAGCUACGGCAGCAGCAGCAACAGAAACAGCAGAGUCUGCGGCUCCUCUCAAGAGCUCCGAGACUACAAACGCGACAACAUCAGGGGAGGAGGAGGGAUUGGAGUCCUUGCUGGCUGCUGCUGGUAUUCGUCUUACGCGCACAAUGCUGAAGCAGCUACAGGAGCCUGCGAAUCCUCAGCAGCAGCAGCAGGAGCAACAGCAGCAGCAGCAGAGGCAGCAGCAAUCUGUGCAGCGGGCAGCAAAGCCAGCAACUCAGAAGCCUGCAGCAGCAGCAGCAGCGAAGGAGAAAGAGGCUCCAGAGGACCCUUUUGCUGCGUAUGGGCAAAAGCUGGAAUUUCGAGAAGACAGGCAAGUGUUUGCCUACGUGGGCUGCCGCGUGCGAGUGGUGCGGGCGUGGCGGGACCGGCAGAGCCCCGAGAGCUUCGACUGGGCAGAGGGGGUGUUGAAGUACUACUGGCCGAAAUACCGGUCUGUCUUUGUGCACUUUUUGCUGUCUACGAACAAGCAAGACAUCUGCAGCCCCGCUGACGCCCCGCCGCUGCACCUCGCCGCCCACCAGCUGCCCUUUUCCCCUGAGGAAACUCACCGCGGCUGGUUUUCUCUGGCCCACGACAUCAUUCGUCUUGCUUCGCCGGAGCCUGUUUGGUGGCGCCCCGAGGUGGCAGUGCCCCUGCAGCUGCCUCGAGACAAGCUGCAGCACCCCAGAGGCGCCAGCUGCCCCACGCAGCAGCAGCAGCAAGAGCUGCUGCAGCACGCAGACGCAGAUGCGGGCCAAGAGACCCAGCAAGGCGACAGCCAACACACACAACAGAAAAAGGCAGCCGCAGAUUCCCCGUGGCAGUCGUUGCCUCCCCAGGAAGCCAGGAACUCUGCUCCCACCGACGCAGACAGCGGAGAUGGCAAAAAUAGCGGCCAAAGUAGCAGCAGCAGAGCCCAGAGAUGCCGAAGCUGCAGCAAACCAGUUUACUACAUUAUGACCCCGGGCCAGCCCGUGGAGGUGCCGCCUGAGGUCGCCCCCAGGGAGCUCCUGAAGAGCUACCCUUCCUGGGCCGAGCCCAGUAAUGCAGCGCAAGCAGCAGUAGCAGCAGCAGCUGCUGCAGGGCCAGCACCGGCAGACGCACAAGGGGAUGUGGCAGCAACAGGCAGCAGCAAAAGUAACAGUACUAGCAGCGGCAACGGAAACGCAAACAAUGCCGCACCCUCUUCUCUAGGAGACACAGACACUGCAGAAGCCGUCAACCUCUACUGGGGUUUGCAGUGCUGCUGCUGUCGGCGCGUCUUCCACACGGCCUGCAUUCGGCCGGCCCACAGGCGCAUUGCCACUGGCGGGAUGUCGCCGCAUGCCCUGUGUAUGGAAGCUGCGCGGCACCGUAAGCUGGUGGCGGAGCGAGAGGCGGCCAUAGAGCGCCACAAGAAAGAGAGAGAAGCUGCGGCGGAGGGCAGCAGCAGAAGAAGCACCAGCAGCAGCAGAGACAGCAAGUACUACCGCUAUGAAGCCGUGUCCUCCCCGGCCGCUGACCAGCAGCAGCAGCAACAGGACUUGCUCGAAGACGGGGGGUCGCUGGGGUCGCUGCUGCUGCAGCAGCAACCCGAGGAGGGUGCAGAUGACGCAGCAAGUGGCUGGCCGCUGUCCCCCAGCAGCGUUGUUUACGACCGGGCACGCAAGGCAUAUCUGAGCACUUUCGUAGUGCCGUCUCGUGCUGUGUCUUUGCCGGUGGGGCUGUCUGCUGCUGCCCGAGCGGGUUUGCUGCUUGGGUUCAAGAAGCAGCAAGAGGCCCGCGCGCUGCGGCGCUCCUUCUCCCUGGCCCGCUUCUGCACUCUGCCCCUGGCCUUCGCAAGGGCCCAGUCCGCCCUUUUGUCUCGCCAGGGUUCUCUUCACUGGAGGCUUUCGAGACACCCUGGUGAUGAAAUCGGCACGGAAGAUGUGCCCGCCCCGGCCGUCACAGUCACUGCCAAGCAGCAGCAGCAACAGCAGCAGCAGCAGCAGCAGCAAAAAGUACAGUCUCAUCAACAGGCAAAACAGUGCGAAGAGCAGCAGCAGAUGCAGCAGGAACAGGAAGAAGCCAGCCAGCAACACGACCUUGCACCGGCCGAGCAGCAGAGGGAAGGCGAGGAAAGCAUGCUAGUUGACGCUGAGCUUUUGGAAGCCCCACAGCAACAAAAGGAUCAGCAAGAACAGCAGCAGCGGGAGGAGGGGGAGGAGCAGCAAGAGGAGAGAAAGCAGCAAGGGGAAAAGGAGCGAGAGGAACAGCAACUAGCCGAUCGAAUGGAAGAGGAGCCAGGGAAUCCGCCGCAUCUUGCCGAGCAGGAGCAGCAGCAAGAGCAGCAGCAGCAAGAGGCGCGGCAGCAAGAGCGGCAGCAGCAAGAGCAGCAGCAGCAAGAACAGCAGCAGCAAGAGCAGCAGCAGCAAGAGCAGCAGCAGCUGUCGCCGCGGCCGGAGCAACAGCAAUCUGAAGAGAAUGCAGCAAACUCCACAGCGUCCAGGGCCACGCUAAAAGUGCAGCUGUUUCCAAACCCCCGAAGUAUUUUGGGGCUGGAGGAGGGCGGGCGAAAUGACCGGGGUGUACGUACUCCCUGGGUGUGCAGGGACUGUGCGCACUGUUUGUACUGCUGCGAGCCAAUAGACUUACCCCUGACUGCCGAAAGAAGCCCUGCUGCGCUAGCUGCAGCAACAGCAGCAAAUCGCGCGGCUCCAGGCACUGCCUCCAGCCCGACCCAGUAUGAGGCCACCUGCCAGCCGGUCCUGAACUGCCACUGCUGCAAUUCUUACGCCCACGGCGCUUGCUGCUACCCCAGUGCCGCCAUCUUGCAUGGCUCUUCGUCUUACCGCUGCGACUCUUGCAGGCGAUGCACUAGCUGCGGCUACGUGGACCUCUACUGGCCCGAGUAUGCAAACUGGGAUCCCACGUCUUUCCUGCUUUGUGCACACUGUCGCCGGAGCGUAGACGAGGGCCAGUUCUGCUUCAUGUGCUCCAAAACAUGGGUGGCCGAUGGAGCAGGAGGAGAGGAUUUGUCAGCAGGCAGCGCGGGGUGCACGGGGCCGGGGGGGGGCUCUGUAGAAACUUGGGUGCAGUGUGAUGGCUGCAAGGCCUGGAUCCACACCCGGUGCGACCCCCGACUGGCCAAGGGCCUGCAGGAUCCCCAGCAGCUGAAGACCAUGAAAUACAGGUGCCCGUCGUGCCGCUCGCCGUCUCGCCGGCAGCGCUAUGAGCGCAUCGUGGCUGAGUUGAUGUCCCAAGACCGCAGUGGAGAGUUUUCGUUUUUGCCGGAUGCGACAUUUUCGCUGUACUGGCGAGUUGUGCAGCGGCCCAUGUGUCUGUCUACAGUGAAAUCGAAGGUGCGCAGCAACGCCUACUCCUCCUUAGGAUCUUUCUUGAGCGAUAUUUCCCUCCUGAUUCAAAACAUGAAAACCCUUUACAUGCCCAACACAAGGCAGUACAAGGCGGCAGCUGCUAUGCAAAAGAAAGCAAACGAGCUCCUAACAGGCGUCCUCGAACUUCCCCACAAGGAGCCCCUGGCCCUUCUGGACUCACACAUACCUCCGAGUCCCAGCAGCAGCAGCAGCAGCAGCAACACGGGUACCAGUGAAAAGGCGCGAGAAACGAACCAGACCCCUACUGGGGAGGAGCGAGGCAUGGCAAAAAGUGAGUUUCAUGGGACAGCAGCAGACUCCGGCUCAGCUGCAGCAGCAGCAGCUGUUUCAACAGAUGACGGGCUCGAGUCUGCGGUGGACAAGGUGGGACACCAAGCAAAGGUUGCCGCCGGCCUUCGCCGCGGCAGCGCGAAGGGAUUCACGAGAAGCAGGGACACUCCGCCUUCUGGAUUGUCAGCAGCAGCUGCUGCUGAUUCCCCACUCGAUCCAGCAGCAGCGGCGUUCACGACGCAGCAGCUGCUGCAGCUUCACUCUGCUGCUGCUGUUAAGGGGAUACGGCAGCUUCUGCGCAAUCAACAGCCACACUUUCCCUGCGGUUUUUCGCUUUCUCCUUUAUCAGCUGUCCCUUGCUUUGGUCCGCCUCCUGCCCUACAGUGGUGUUUCAGCAGCAGCAGUAGCAGCAGCACGGAACUUGGCGAUAUGCUGCUGCCGCAUUCAUUCCUUUCUAUCCCGCAGCCUCCGCCUCCCCCACCCGGCCAGGCAAUUUAUUUGCUGCAGCUGCCUGUAUGCGUGAGUAGGCUGGCAGCUGCUUCUGUCUCAGAAGUGCCUCAGCAGCAGCAGGAGCACCUGCAGCAGCAGCAGCCGCAACAGCCGUCACACAGCACGAGCGUGGAGACACGGCGCAGCGCGGCAGCUCAGAGGAAGAAACGAAAGAAGGACUUUGAUCUUCAGCAGCAGCAGCAGCAACUUCAGAAGCGCGCAUUUUCAGCAGCCAUAGCAACUGCAGCAGCACCGGCUGCCACUGGUGCACCGGCAGCGGGAGAUCUGGGAGCAGCCGUAUCUGCAACUGGCGCGCUUCAGGUGUACAAGGGAAGGCUGCCGUCUUGCGUUGCUGUCUUCUCAGCAGCAGCGGAUGUGGCCUCAUAUUUGCAGGCUUUUCACUGUCUUUUUGGGGCUUCAGGCAAAGAAACGGCUUUCGCUGAUGGCCUUGCUGCUGAAGGAGAUGAACCAGUAGCGCCACAUCUGUGGCUGGAUUGCUGCAGCAUUUGCGGAUCCUUCGCGUACCAGCAGCUGCUCUUGCACUGCCGCUGCUGCGGCGAGGCCUUCCAUUCGUAUUGCUUGGGAGUUUCGCCUCCAGGGGCCCUUGAUAAGAAGAAAGCGGCGUUGGCGUCUCUCUGCGGCAGCGGCAGCAGCAACGGCAGCAGCAGCAGCGAAAUGGACUUUCUUUUGACGACAGCUGAGUGUCCUGCGUGUUUGUCUUGCGUCUCUUGUGGAAAUGCUGCUCCUUGUUUUUCCCUGUGGGACCCAAGAAAUAUACGAGACAGAGCAGCAGCAGCUGCUGCUGGAAUGCUGCCCCACGAGCAGCGACAGCAGCUACAAAGGCGCAAACCACGCUGGCAGUCUGACCCAGCAGCAGGGACUGUCACUGCUGCUGCUGCUGCCUCUACAGCUGUUGAUCGCAUGCUGGACAUUUGCUUCUGCAGUGACUGCGGAGCUGCGGCGCACAGCCGCUGCCUCUACAGGGUAGAGGAGGUAGUAACGAAACAAGAAGUGCUGCAUAGCCCGCAACAGGGGCUAGUGCACCAGCAAAAGGGCUUCCUGCAGCAGCAAGGACUGUGGACAGGACUGCCACUGUCUCGCGAACAGCUGCAAGUACCUCCUGCUGCUGCGGCUACUUUGAAAAGCAGCAGAGACGCAAAGGUGUUACGAAACCCAAAACAGCAGCAACACAAAAUGACUCGGGCUAUGGCACCAGCCAUGGCUUCUGUCGCCAAUGCUGCUUCUACUGCAGCAACCGCAGCAGCUACUUCAACUUCGGCUCCAGACAUUUUACAGCACAAAACGGUGGCAGGAGCUGUCGCGCUGAGUACUCUGCAACCACAGCAGCAGCUGGUCAAUCAACAGCAGCUGCAGCGGCUGCUGCAACAGCAGCCGCAGCAUACACUGUUACAACAGCAGUCACAAAAUUAUCUUCGGCAGCAGCAGCUGCUAACACCUUCGCAACAAUUCCCAUCUCAGCAGCAGCUGCAGCAGCAGUAUCGUAUGCAGCAGACCGCGCAGCAGCAGCAGCCGCAGCAGCAUCAGCAACUCCAGCAGCUUAUUCAGGAAAGAAUGAACAGUCUGCAACGGCAGCUUGAUGGCGUGGCUAGACAGCAGCAGCAACAGCGGCAGCACUUGCGGCAGCAACAGCAGCCCAUGCUGCAGACGCAACAACGCCACCAGGGUGGAAAUCAUCUGGAGCAGCAGCAGGCUUUUCAAAAGCGACAAACAGGACAGCAGCAGCAAGAGGCGGAGCAGCCCUUAAUGCUGCUUAGGACGACUAUGCUGCAAACGCAACAGAAGCUUCCGCAACAGACUUCUCAAAUGGCACUGCUGCAGCAGCAGCACCAACGGCAGCAACAGCAAGCAUUGCAUCAGCUGCACGCGCAGCAGCAGCAGCUGUCCAGCAGGAGUGCGCUUCAACUAGAAAGAGCAACUGAUGGCAGCACUUCUGCAGAAGGCACAGCAAAGGCUAGUGCAGCAAAUCAGCAGCAGCUUCUGCAGCAAGAACAACACUUCCAGUUACAGCAACAGCAAAUGCAGCUACAGCAACAGCAAGUCAGGUUGCAGUUGCAGCUGGAGAAGCUCCGGGGGACACAGUCAGCACCUGCAACAGCACAUGGGAAUGCAAGCAGCCCUACGCCAUCUUCUGCUGAUGCUCAGGCAGCAGCCGUAGUUGCUGAAGCUGCUGCUGCAGCAACAGAAGCAGCAGCUGCUGCAGCAGAAGCAGUGUCUGCUGCGAUUGCUGCGCCACAACUAGGUGGCGCCUCAUGUGCUGCUACGCCCACGAGGGCGCUGCCUUCAAAAGCAGCAGAAUUGGCGGAAGCACUAUUGAGCGCAGCACCUUCGGAAGCUUCAGCAGGCGAAGCAGUAAUAGCACCAGCAGCAGCUGCAACGGCUACGUCGUCUGCAGCAUCUCCUCAGACACCUGUUGAAGCGACAGAGCCAUGCGACGUCGCAGACCAGCCGAAGCCGCAGCAGCAACUGGCAGCAGAUCCUUGCCACCAGCAACAGCCCCCGCCUCAAUUCCCGCAGAAUCAUGCCCAGCAAAACGAAUCCUCCCCACAGCCAUUGCUGUGGGCUGGAUCGACUGUGCCAGCGCAGCAGCAGCAGCAACACCAGCAGCAGAGGUCCUUGAUCUCCCCUUUGCUUGGCACUGGCAGUUCAGUUGCAGGCAGCGCUUAUAGUGCUGACUCUGCUGUGCUGAAGCAGCAGCUGUUACAACGCCAGUCUGCCCUAAUCUUGAGAAACGAGCAGCUGAUCCAAGCGCUGCAGGGGCAAGCGGGACUUCGCAUACUUCCUCCUGCUGCAGCACCGUCUGCUGCUGCGCAGCUACCUGUCAGUGUGGCGCAGCAGCAGCAUUCGCGCCUGUUUCAACUGCAGCAGGAGCAGCUGCCAGGAGCUCCAAGACAGCUAGUGUCGCCCAGUGCUGCGUUGUCGUUCGACGGCUUCGAUGCCAGAGCCGGCGACCCCCGACAACAGCAGCAACCGCCACAGCAGCAGCAGCAGGUGAGCCAACAACUUUCUUCGCAAUCUCUGAAGCAACAGUUCCUACAGCGGCCCUUGCUCCAGCAGCAGCUGCUACAGGAACCACAGCACCACAUCCCUGGGGCUUCUCCACUGCUUCAACAGCAACUGUUGCAGCAAGUGUCCCGACAGCCUCGCGCUUCCCCUGGCAGCAUUGUUUUGUCUCCUCUGCAGCAGCAGCAGCAGCAGUUGCGGAUGGGCGCUUGGGGCAUGUCUCCGGACUCUGUUGCCGCACCUCAUGGGCACGUUUCAACGCUGCAUCUGCAGCCGCAACAAGUGCAGCAGCAGCAGCUGCAGCAGCAGCAAAUGGUUGUGAGGGUGGAGAGCUGCGCCUGGCAGCGCUGUGGUAGACUCUCACUAUUGUGCGGGGACUGCAGCAGCAAUGGCGUGCCGGCUCCUCUGGCCUUACGCGCUGCUCUGCAGCCACUCCAGCAGCAGCUACUGGUGUCGCCUGCUGCAGGUGGGUCUGGCCAGCAGCAGCUGCAGCAGCGGCCUCGCGAUGCUAGUUCCGGUGCCCCUUCAGGACAGCAAAACGAUGGCGCAGCAGCAGCAGCAGGAGCAGCAGACGCAGCGGGCCUGCGAGUGCCAGCAGGACAAGCAAGCACAGCACGGGCAGCGGAUGAGAGAGUUGGGGAUGGGGGCAGCAGCCGAGGUGUAGUGACAGUGUGCGCCCUUUGUGGAUCACUAACGAAGCGUCUACCUGCUGCAGCGGGAGGGGCAAGGGGCCUUGCAGCUCGUUUCUCUGGGGGCGGCAGCAGCAAUACGAGCAAAAGGCGACUCCCUGUAUUUGUGCUAGAUGGGCUCGAAGGUCUCUGCGUCUCCUGCGCAGCACUCGCAGAUGAACCGCUACCAAGUGCAGCAACCACGAAUGCAGCAGCAGCAGCAGCAGCAGGGAAAGGCUGCACUGCUUCUCCGUCUCCCCUGCUGACGCAGCCCGGGGCACUAUCGCAGCUGCUUUCUCGGGCCCAGGUGGCAUCAUCAGUUUACUCGCAGCUUCAUGCGCUGCUCGAGCAGACGCUUCUGCCUCUGAUGGAUUCCCCGCAGGACAGCAACAGCAACUCUGCGGGGCAGUUGGUCAGCAGUUCUGUAGCGGCAGCAACAGCAGCAGGCCGGCACCAGCUGCAGCAGACAGAACUGCGACUCGCCAUUGCCGAACUCACCGGGCAUCUGCUGCGAGCUGUACAAUGGGAGGAGCCCUCUUGUCAACAGCAUCAGAAGCAGCAGCAGCAACACAAGCAGCAACAAAAUGAGGACUAUCACAAGUUGGCCCUGGACUUGUUCUCGUUGCUGCAGACCUUUGUCAAUCUACCGACAGUGCUGUCUGUAUUCAUAUCAUCUGUUUUGUUGCAAUGGCGGCCUCAGUCAAAGCGAGAAGAGAAGCAGCGGGACCCGCGGGUGCUCCUGACGUUGUCGCAAGCUUGUGAGCGACUGGCUAUGCAGCGGCGUCUUGGUUCAGAUGCUGCUGCUCCUGCUGCUACUGCCCUUCCUGCUAUUCCCCUUGCUGCUCCUGGCGUCGUUGCUGCUGCCGCUGCUGCCUCAGGAGGCUUUCCACCAUGUGCCCCUGAAUGGCGGGAGCUACGAGCUGUGCGGCGGCAGCUCUUCUGCAGGCUUCAUCGCGCCGUCUCCUGCAUGGAGCGCAGGAGCAGCAGCGAAAACUGUGGGACCCAAGCAGUUGACACAGCAGCGAUUCCAUCUGUUCUCGUUCGUCUGCUUGCGCUGCGACUCCGCAAUGGAGACCCUCGCGUCUGCGGCUGCGGCAGCUGCAGCAGCAGCAGUUUGCUCUCUGCUUCUUGCAAAAUUGCAGAACGGGACGGACGCUGCUGCGUGCUGUGUGGGCAAACGGGCGACAGAGUAGUGUCUGGGGCUCUGCUGCCGCUGCUGGACUCUUGGGUCCACGCUGGCUGUUGCGCCUGGGGCGUUUACUCAUGCACUGUUGUGCCGCUGCUAUCCCCAGAGCUGCUGCAGCUCGCCGACCCGUUUGGUGCGUCGCGUGAAGUUCAGCAAGUGCAAAAUUCGCAGGGAGCUGGGGGGUCUUCUCCUUUCGUGCCCAGCAUAGUACCAGAAGCAGAGAAGACGGCAGCAACCAGUCUCCAACCAAGCAGCAGCAGCAACAGAAACAGUAAAGGGCUAGUGCGAUCGUUUGCGGCUCUACCAGAACAGCUACCUCCUUUGGAAUGUUCUGCUGACGCAGUUUUGCUUGCUGCGGCGGCUGCACGCAACGCCCGCUGCGUUGCCUGCGGGUGCAGUGGAGCCUUCGUCGCGUGCGCAGGUUCGCAGCAGGCAUCAGAAGAGCGCUCUUGCAAUGCCCGUUACCACCUUACGUGUUUGCUGCUAGCAGCAGUUGGGAAACGACCCCUUGAGCAGAAGCAAUAUGUGCAGCAAGAGCAAUCUGCAAGAAGUCCUCGGCCCCGGGUCUUCGUUACGCUCCGUCGCUUUUGGUGUCAGGACUGCUGCGAAGAAGGGCAUGCUGCUGCUGCAGCUGCUCCUGCUGCUGCUGCCACAUCACCUGCGACAUUUGACAGUCCAGUGGAGCCCGAAGUUCGUAUGUGCCAACCCGAAGCAGCAACGGUUACAACAUUGGACAGUGCAGCAGAACAGGACCCACUUUUCGUUUUUCUUGAGGGGGUGGGUGGUGGCGCUGCAGCGGUUUUGCUGCGGCUGCUGCUUCAGAGCGUUCGCAUAAAGCCGCCUGCUUUUGCUGCUGCUGCGGCGGCAACAGCAGCAACAGCAGCAAUGGCUGACGUGGAUACACACCCGCUAGGCGCAGCACUGAAGCAGCUUCCAGCAGCAGCUGCGGUGGAAGAAGAUGCAGCAGCUGAUGAAACCGGCACUGCUGCGUCUGAGACUGUGGCGUUUCUGCAGCAGGUAAUGGCAGAUGCUCAUGCGGCUUUGCGUGAUUACUGCACUCUUCUAUCUCCUGAGCUGUCUCCAUAUGUUGGCGGGCGAUGCUGUGCUGCUUCUGUGGUUCCCUAUUCCUUUUCCAACGGAGCCAUUGGCUACCAUCAGCGGCAGCAUGUGGAAAAGCAGCAGCUGAAGUUGCGCGCACCCCCGCCAUCCUCGUUGCUGCGGUACGGAGGUCUCACGCUGGUUUCUCUUGGUCUGCCUUUGCUCUUUGAUGGAAGCCGCAGCAGCCUAUUUCCUAUUGGGUAUUGUGCUACUCGCCGCUUCUGGGGUGUUCGGGUGCCCAGUCAUGUGCACCACCCGGCCUGCAUCAACAAAGACGGUAGCAGUGAAAACAGCAGCAAGGGCAUCGUUGUCAGCGGAUUCCUCCAGAGGGCUACGUACCUCUGCAGUAUCACAGCGCAUCAGAGACGCCCCUACUUUACACUAGACUGCCUCGCAAAGCCUGCCGCAAAACUCGGGGCAGCAGCAGCAGAGAGAACAAGUAUCCCAACGAAGCCAGCAGCAACAGCAACUGACACCAAUGUGUGCACUGCCUGCCAGUAUGGCUGGCGCGUUGCAGAGGGAUUCGAUUUGAAUGCAGUCGUAGGGACGCUGAUGCAGCAGCUGCAGAUACAGUUGCAGCAACACCAGCACCGACCGCCCUCUGUCUCUCCUGUAAUUACAGCCGGCAUGGAGGCCUCUGCAACGGAAAGAAGCAACUGCAAAGUCAGCAGUAGCCUGGACCCCGAUGCCUUGAGCGGGGACACGAAGGGCAUAGUUGCUCCUCCUGCGUCCCUUGUUGCAGCCACCCCUGCAGAUGAGCCGGCAAGCCCGUCGCCUAAACAGCAGUCCGCACAGCUGCGGCCAGAGCAGCAGCUGCCCUCGCAGCAGCAGCCACGGGACGGCCGAGUGGAGGCAAAAGGCCCAAAGCCAGUAGACGUCUCUUCUCUAGAUCCCGAGGUCUUCUUUGGUCUGAGAUGUCCAUAUGUUCAGCAACGCCUGAGAGAAGUGACUCCACAGGUGUUGGCGGCUCGUGCGCUGCAGCAGUUGCAGCAGCGAGCAUUAGCAAGGCAGCGGAAAAAGAGCUGCACUAGUACUGCUUGGGCCGAUGGCAACGCUGUUGCUGCGAAGAGAGGGGGCACCUUCUGUGUGCCGCGAGAUCUCCAGUCGUCGGCAGUGCCUGACGCUGUAGAGGGCGAGGAGCUCUUUACUCGCGUGCAUGCCAGGGCCAAGGCAGAUGCCGCUGACGCAGCAGCUGCCCUUGCAGCGGUGGGCGCCGGCUCGUCCCGGCAGUCUUCAGGCCGCCUACGCGCGCAGGGGAAAAGGGGAUUCGAGGCGCUGUCCCCUGCUGCCCUCUACAGGCUUCUGCAGAGUGGGGACCAGGAGGAGCGCUUGGCAGUAAUGCCUUCUCGAAUUCACGGCCUCGGUCUCUUUGCUCUAGUGCCAAUUGCUCACGGCGAGCCCGUGGUGGAAUACGUGGGAUCCGUCAUUCGGAAUGUGUUGAGUGACAAGCUGGAGGUGCUGUACGAGCUGCAGCGAGGUGGCGACGGCUCCUGUUACAUGUUUAGGCUAGACGAUGCAUUUGUGGUGGACGCCACCCGCCGCGGUAGUGCUUCUCGGUUUAUAAACCACUCUUGCGCGCCCAACUGCACUUGCCGCAUCGUCGUCUGCGACUCUGGCCACAAACACAUCCUCAUCAUAGCCAAGGAGGAUGUCCCCGCAGGAGCAGAAAUCACCUACGACUAUCAGUUCGGCAUUGAGGCUGAAGGAGACAAACUUGUCUGUCUCUGUGGGGCCCCUGGAUGUCUAGGCAGGAUGAACUAA